AUAAAGCAUCUCAGCAUCGUUGCUGCACUACUGACAUGGCCGCUGGUCUAGCCUCCUGGAUCACAGCCGCCUCCUUCCCAAAGCAGCCAGGGCACAAAACCUAACUUGUCACCCUAAGGCUUGGAUGGAUCACCAUGGCUGACGCCUUGCUCAUUACCCUCUGUGAGUCUCACGGCACCUUAGAAAGGACAUACCCCAAGUCCUGUGAUCCAGCUUUGGCUUGCUUUUCUUUUUGAUCUGUUUUGUUUUUUGCAUGUGGAAGUUCCCAAGCCACAGGUAUCGAACCCAUUCUGCUGUUGUGGCCUGUGCUGCAGCAACACCAGAUCCUUAACCCACUGCACCACGAGGGAACAUCCUCAGCUUGCUUUUCUGCACUUAACUCUCUCCCCACAGGCAUGGUCUCCCCACUUCUCUGCACAGCACAUCUCAUCCUUGCCAGUCCAUGUCUCUCCUCUAGAAGUCUUCCAGUUCUGUCCCCAAGCUGACCACCCACAGCACUCCUCUUGGAGUGUCAAUCUCCCAAAAGUGCCCAGUGAGGCUGAUGCUCUGGUGUCUAGGACAAUGGGAGACUCAGAGAGGCUGGGGGCUGGGGGCUGGGUCCUUUUGGGCUAUUACAGGACCCUGCCAGCCCCUAAGCCUUCCAGAGCGGCCUCCAUGUGCCUACCGUACCCGUGAUCUUCCAAACAAAGUGACCCAGUGACCCACCAGCCAGCUGCUACUGAAUGGAUUUGACAAGGAUGCCUGGGCUUAGAGUGGCUAAUUUAUGGAUCAAACCAAGGCCUUGGCUAAAAGCCAAGACUGCACUUGACUGUGAGGUGUACAGAGAGAGUUGAUUGCUGGGGGCAGAGAAGCAGAGUGAGAAGACAGAAGCAACAGAAGCCACAAGGAAGGAGUGGACUAGGGAUUGGAAGUGGCAGGAGCCACAGAAGCAAUGACAAGGAGUUGCCCAGUCAGCAAAACGAUGGCAGACCAACAAAUGGAGCUGCUGAGGCAGCAACUGCCAGUGUUGAGGCCCGGCUAGGGGUCCCUGUCCUCAGGCCUCCUGAUCCUCAUACCAACCCCAGUGCUGAUAGACACCCUAUAUGUGCUGAACCUGGGAGCAGAGAGAAGAGCCCUGCAUCUUGUUCACAUGGUCAUUUUCAGUGUCUGUGGUUGCUGACCACCAGGCCCUUGGGUUGUGGCAGAACCAUUGUCCUGCCAUCACUAUCCAGUGGCUCCUCCUCCCGACCCUGCAUUGGCCUAAGGAGCUUCCCCCAGCCCCUUCCCUCCAGACUACUGCCUCAUCCCCAAGUACUUGGAAUUUUGUGGACGGGACACCUCAAAAUGGGAGAUUCUAAAGUUUCUCAAGAGGCCCCUGAGGGACAGCUGGGGACUUGGAGGGACCCAGGGUCAUCAUACAGAAUUUAGAAUGAAAUGGAAUCUAAGAGACCUUCAGGUUUGCCCCCACUUCCUCUCUACACGAUGUAAAAAUGAGCUCCCAAUUUGGCAGGGCCUUGCUCACAGUGACCAGCCAGCUGGCAGCCCAGGAUGCGCCAGACAGUGGGCUGGACUCUGAAAUUCCACCGGCUGCCUCUCAGCCUGUCACUCAAGGCUCUGUGUCCCUGGGCCGGGACAGCUAUGGAUCUCAGCAUUUGUGCUGUUGAUCUGAGCCCUUAUGGGCCUCGUUUGGGACUGGGAACUGGACAGAAGCCAGCGGAGAAAAAGCAGAAACCCUUUGGAAAGGAGUGGGUGGAAGCCCAUCAACUUUCACCAGAAGGGCCAGUGGCUCCCAAAAGUGCAGUUUCGUCUCCCAGCGCCUGGUGACCUCGCAUGUUAAAUGGGCCCUUUGACAAAGCCAGGGAAGGGGCUCUGAAGGAGUCAUUCGAGGCAUCUGUGUGAGGAUCCGUGCGCUGCUAUUCCUGGGCCCCGAAAUCACCAUUUCUGGGCAGUGGCCAUCUCUGCUUUGGGGAAAUAUCUUGCCUCCUCUUAGAGAUUGCAAACCCCCAGCUGGGAAAUGGAGCAGAAGGCGGAGACCCGGGAACUGCCUCCUGAAGCCCUGAAUCCAGUGGGAAAGCCUCCAGUUCCCAGUAGGACCUCUUCAGGACCCCAAGACCAGGGAGGAAGAAGCCUUCAGGGAGGUGCCCCUCCCCAGCCAUGCAGACCCUUCCUAUUAGAGGUGACGCCAGCCCAGGUCCUGAAGAGGCCCUGUCUAGAUUCAGUCAUAGUGUUGGGAUCCGAAGGAAACCUCUGAUGGCUUUGGUGACCCCCAAAACACACAAACACUUUGAAUUCUCUUUGUCACCAUUUCCAAAGGCCAUAGUAUGUCAUCAAAAAGCUGAACCUCCAAAAUGCCUCCAGCAGAGAGCGGCGAGCUGCUGAACAGGAAGCUCAGCUCUUGUCUCAGCUGAAGCACCCUAAUAUUGUCACCUACAAGGAGUCGUGGGAGGGAGGGGACGGUCUGCUGUACAUCGUCAUGGGAUUCUGUGAAGGAGGUGAUCUGUACCGAAAGCUCAAAGAGCAGAAAGGGAGACUUCUGCCUGAGAGUCAGGUGGUUGAGUGGUUUGUUCAGAUCGCCAUGGCUCUGCAGUAUUUACAUGAAAAACACAUUCUUCACCGAGAUCUGAAAACUCAAAAUGUCUUCCUAACAAGAACAAACAUCAUCAAAGUGGGUGACCUAGGAAUUGCCCGAGUGCUUGAGAACCACUGUGACAUGGCCAGCACCCUCAUUGGGACACCCUACUACAUGAGCCCUGAAUUGUUCUCAAACAAACCCUAUAACUAUAAGUCUGAUGUCUGGGCUCUGGGAUGCUGUGUUUAUGAAAUGGCCACCCUGAAGCAUGCUUUCAAUGCAAAAGACAUGAAUUCUUUAGUUUAUCGGAUUAUUGAAGGAAAGCUGCCACCAAUGCCAAAAGAUUAUAGCCCAGAGCUGGCAGAACUGAUAAGGACCAUGCUGAGCAAAAGGCCUGAAGAAAGACCUUCUGUGAGGAGUAUCCUGAGGCAGCCUUACAUAAAGCACCAAAUCUCCUUGUUUUUGGAGGCCACAAAGGCAAAAACCUCCAAAAAUAAUAUUAAAAAUAGCGACUGUAAAUCCAAGCCUGUGGCUACAGUGGUUUCGGAAAAGGCCGAAUCAAGUCCUGAAGUAGUUACCCCUCAACCACACUCUUCUGAGGGCUCCAAGACAUAUGUAAUGGAUGAAGACAGAUGUUUGUCCCAGGAGAAACCCUUAGUCACUGGCCCCUUGAAGACACCCACAAGUGUGAAAGGCCACACCUACAAACCAGACAUGAGCAAUACUGCAGAAUCACUAGCCACGAUAAGUAGAGUGAAUAUUGACAUCUUACCUGCAGAAAGGAGGAACUCGGUGAACAACAGCUUAGUUCAAGAGAAUCAGCCAAAACAAUUAGAUGCCUCUAAUGAGCUCCAGGUUAACUGUAGUAUUUCUCAAGUGAAGGAGAGGCUGCAGGAUAACACUAAAUCCAGUGCUCAGUCUGAAAACCAAUUUCCUGCGUGGUCCUCUGACAAUAUUACUAGAGAAAAGAAUGUCUCAGUGAAGCCUCUGCAGCUCCUAAACAAAGACCAAAAUUUACCAAAGGACUGGGAUCAAGUUGCUGGUGGAUGUGUUACAGAAAAGCAGGACAGAAUCGACCCAAGUUUACAGCCAUACAGGUCUGGGUCUGAGCCUUCCCUGUCUCGACAGCGGCGGCAGAAAAAAAGAGGACAGACUGAGCAUAGUGGGGAAAAGAGACAGUUCCAAGAGACUCCUCCCUGUCUUUUGCCUUCUCUUCCCACUAUUGGAAAAAUGGAUGUCACAUCAACACAGAAUAAUGCUGAAAACCAAAGUAAAGUGGUCACUGGAUCUGUAAGCAGUUCAGGGAGCAGUGACAUAUCGUCAUCAAAGGACCGACCAUUAUCAGCAAGAGAGAGGAGGCGACUAAAGCAGUCACAGGAAGAGAUCUUCCCCUCAGGCCCUUCAGUGAGGAGAGCUUCUUUGAGUCCAUUGGAGCCAGGGAAACCACAAGAGGAAGGCCAUCCCAUCCCUGCUCACUGGUUAUCUUCUGACUGCAGCAUCGCCCAGGAAAGGAAACUCACCCAUUGUCUCUCUGAGGAUGAGUUAAGUUCUUCUACAAGUUCAACUGAUAAAUCAGAUGGGGAUUCCAGGGAACAGGCCACACCCACUACAUACAGAGGUUCCCAGGCUAGGGUUGAAUCAGAUCUACAGUUGCUGGCCUACGCCAGAACCACAGCAACACCAGAUCAGAGCCAUGUCUGCAACCUACACCACAGCUCAUGGCAAUGCUGGAUCCAUAGCCCACUGUGUGAGACCAGUAAAGGUCAUACAAAUGAAAUGAGUGACUUAGUACAACUGAUGACUCAGACCCUAAAGUUGGACUCUAAAGAGAGCUGUGAAGAUCUCAGAGUACCAGAUCCAGUGUCAGAAUUUAAACUUCAUCGGAAGUACCGGGACACACUGAUACUUCAUGGGAAAGUUGCAGAAGAAGCAGAGGAAUUCCAUUUUAAAGAGCUACCUUCAGCUAUCAUGCCAGGUUCUGAAAAAAUCAGAAGAAUAGUUGAAGUCUUGAGAGCUGAUGUAAUUCGGGGCCUGGGGAUUCAGCUUUUAGAGCAGGUGUAUGAUAUUUUGGAAGAGGAGGAUGAAUUAGAGAGAGAGGUACGUUUGCAGGAGCAUAUGGGUGAAAAGUAUAUGACUUACAGUGUGAAAGCUCGCCAGUUAAAAUUUUUUGAAGAAAAUGUCAAUUUUUGAGAAUUUAUCUAACCUGCUGCCAGAAUAUAACUAUUUUCAAAGGUUUUUGGCUUAUAAACAAGCAUAACGAUGACUGAAGCCCGUUCACCAUCCUUAUAUCUCCUUGGGUUUUUUUUAAACUGGAAAAAAAUUGGACAAAAGAGUACCAUGAAGCAAGCUCACAAAAGAAAAAACCUUUGGCUAUCUUAAUUCUCUUAAUGAGGAAAAAUCUGUUGUAAGAUGUUUGUUUGGUUACUGUUUACUGAGCCUUACACCACCAACUUUAUAUCUAGAACUAUUUUUUUAAGGUACUUUUUAGCUUGAAUACAGGGCCGUAACAUACUGGAUUGGAAGUUUUAUAUUAUAGUGAUAAAAAAAUAGAGAUAAAUAGCAUAUAUCCAGUGAUACUACUUUUUAUUAUUAAUAACCUUCAGUAGGCUGAUAAAUUAUUUUUUUAUAAUUCUGGGAGUAGAUUUAAAAGUAUGAAAUUAUAUCUAGUAUUUCAGCAGUUGAAUUUCUUUUUUUGCAUAUUGAUAGAUGUUUAACAUUUUAGUUCCAUUAAAUGUGAACCUCAUUCAGAGUAUAUAAAAAUUGACAGUAGGAGAUUGUUUUUACACAUUGGGGUUUUUUGGCUACACUUGUGACAUGAAGAAGUUCCAGGCUAGGAAUCAAACCCAUUCCCUAGCAGUGACAAUGCCAGAUCCUUAAGAUAGCUGCACCACAAGGGAAUUCCUAGGGUUUUUAGAUUUAUUUUUCCAUCAGUUAAAACAUUUAUUAAACACUAAUUCCUUUUCUGAUUUAGCAGUUUUUAAGUAAAGUCCAGAUUUUUUUAGUUAUGCUAUACAUUAAGAUAUUGGCUAUCUUCCCAUGUUUUAAAUGUAUGACUUAUCUAUUUUCUUAGUUGUCAGUUAGUUGUUUAAUAAGGGGUAAUGCUUAUCUAGAAAAUAGAUUUUAUAAAAUAAAAAAGAUCUUGGUUAGUAAGUUUUCACUUCUGUAUUCCAAGGACUGUAAAAAUGAGCACUGCUUCAGAAAGUUUCAGUUUUUAUAAUUAAAAAUGUAUUUUACCUUUUUUGAAAAUUACAUAUACACAUAAAGUAAUAAAAUGUUCCCUUUCUAGUCACUUACCAGACUUUUACUUAUUUUUUACUAUGUGCCAGGUGCUAGGCCAGGAGCUGGGGACAUAGU